CAUAACUUCUCAUAGCUACAGCUUAGCUAUAUCACACAUUUAAAAAAAAAUCAUGGCCUCAACAAAACUUUUUUUGAUUUUCCUUUUGGCUGCAUUAAUUGCAACCCCCGUUGCAUUAGCCCAAUUAGGAGGACUUCUGGGUGGCCUUCUUGGCCUAAUACAUGUAGAUGGGGUUCUAUAUUGCAGCCUUAACAGAAAAAUCGAUGUCAUCAAUGGACUCAACACCCCAAGUUUCCCUAAUGCAUCAGUGCAAUUGCAGUGCGGAGCAGGAAAUGUAGUAUCAGAUACCACAACAAAUGGAUCGGGAGUAUUUUCCUUUGUGUUGGAUCCUCUUCAAAAUAUAUUGUCAUCACUACUGUCUAACUGCAGUCUUGUGGUUACAACUCCACUAUCAACAUGUAACGCUAGCUUACCAUCUGUCGGGUUAUUGCAGUCACACUUGCAGCUUGUUGGAAACACCGUUUCUGGCGGCCUUCUUCGUAUUGUCAAUUUAAUUCCUGCUGGUUUUCAACUUCCUUAAUGAACGAGCUAGCCAACGUUUAUGUUUGAUUGUUAUAUGCAUGUGUUGUUUAAUUAGUGUUUCGUACGGAUGCAUCAGCUAGUUAACCUUGUUGCUGAUUGCAUAAAUAAGGACUGUUGUUUUGUCCACUUGUGCUGUAAUUGUUUCAAUGUUUUCCUUUCUUGUUGGAGUGUUAUGAAUAUUUGUCAUUAUCCAAUUAUGUACCAAGUGCAAAUAAUGUUUGCAGUUAAGUGUAAUAUUAUAUUGGAGCCA